CUUCCCUUUCCCUUUCCCAACCCUUCCCCUUCCCCUUCCCCAAUCUGCCCUUUCCCUUCCCCUUCUCUCCCUCACAAGCAAGCUUUCCCCAACCCUCUCUGUCGCCGGCCUCCAUUUCGGUGCCGCGCCAAUCGUCCCUCCCUAACUGUUUUUCACGUUCCCAAUCUGCUUCUUCGCACCACCACGAGAUCGAGGUGCUCUCCGACCUCGCCGUCCAGAUUUCACACUUUCUCACUAUUUUCAAGUGCUCUGUCAACCGCCCCCAACCCUCCGUCGCCGACGUCUGCGCUCUCGAGCCCGCCGCACUCGUCGGCCCUCCCUAUUUGUCACCGUUUGCUCUCUGUCUCCCUCUGCAUCCUUCUUCUCUGCUCUGCGGCAAAGAAGAAGAAGAACAUCAGUGAAGAAGAGAAUUGGUGAAGAUAAGGAUUAGUUUUUUUAAUAAAUAUAAAACGACGUCGUAUUGGGUAUUAUUUUUUUUAAUAAAUACAAAACGACGUUGUUUCAGUCCAGCUCAGUUUUUCGUUAGCAAGGAUGGACGAAAAUUAUUUCAAGGACUAUUAUGAGUCCCGAAGUGCAAUUUCAGGGACGAAUUUGAGGAAUUAUUAACUUCGGGGAUUACUUUGAGGCUCGAGUGCAACUUCAGGGACUACUUUGAGACUUAUCUCUACUUUACUCCAAUAAAAAAACCUAGUACCCACAAGAACUGCGUAACACGCACAACUCUCACUCUCAAUCUGCCGUUGAUGUCUUUGCGUCUCCGUGCGUCGUCCUCUGCCACGUCUCCUUUUUCUUUGCCGCCGAACAGCUGACUGCACUCCUCUUCUUGGUGCUUUCAUUGCUGAGACUUUUGCCGGCAGUUUUUGGACCACCGUUCUUGGUUCUAUCAUGUGUGAACUGUUCAAGUGGCAUCUUCGCAAGAAAGCAGCACGAGUUAUCUACUUACAGUUUGCCCUGCAGAAACAUGCCCUAAUUGAACAACUACAUGACAAACAAGAGCAGAUAAAAGAAUGGCUUCACAACUGGGUUGGAGAAGAUAGAAAAACGAUCCGAAAUUAAUGAUUAACGAUCAAACAAAAAUUGAAUUUAAGAUUUCAAAUCUUCCGGUAGGGGGUGAAGAAACAAAUGCAAAAAAAAAAUGAUGAUGUGAGAAUGCCUGCAAUUUGGAGCAGCAGAACAAUGGCAUUUACACGAUCUUCCAAAACAUUCUUCUUCUCCUUCAACCUUCUUCAAAGGCGAACCUGUUCUUCCAGCACAUCACAACCCCAACCCCAACCCUUCAAUGCCGAAACCAUCUGCAGAAUCCUAUCCGCCAAUCCAACUUCCACCGUCGACGCCUCCCUCGCCAACAUUCCCGUGCAAAUGUCGCCAGACCUUGCGGUUGAUGUCCUGAAGAAGCUCAGCAAUGCCGGUGUACUUGCCCUCUCGUUCUUUCGUUGGGUCGAGAAGCAACAAGGGUUCAAGCACACCACUGAGAGCUUCCACGAGUUGAUCGAGUCACUUGGUAAGAUCAGACAGUUCAAGAUGAUUUGGACUUUGCUUGCUGAAAUGAACCGCAAAAAAUUGCUGACCAGAGAAACAUUUUCGCUCGUUUCUCGAAGGUACGCGAGGGCAAGGAAGGUCAAGGAAGCAGUGGAGGCAUUCGAGAAGAUGGAACAGUAUGGGAUGAAGCCACAGGUCUCGGAUUUUAACCGUUUGAUCGAUGUUCUAUGCAAGUCCAAGAGUGUUGAGAAAGCACACGAGGUGUUUGAUAAAAUGCGGAUGAGAAAAAUUGUGCCUGAUUUGAAGACAUACACUAUUUUGUUGGAAGGUUGGGGUACCCAAGGGAACUUGUUGAGGGUGGAUGAGAUUCGUAGGGAGAUGGAGAGUGAAGGUUUUGAGCCUGAUGUAGUCACAUAUGGCAUUGUCAUGAACGCAUAUUGCAAGGCAAAGAAGUAUGAUAGUGCUGUCGGGUUCUACCAUGAGAUGGUGGAGAAGGGUGUUAGGCCUAGUCCACACAUAUAUUGUACUUUGAUUAAUGGGUUGGGUUCUGAUAAGAGAUUACAUGAAGCUCUUCAGUUCUUUGAGAUGUCCAAGGCCAGUGGUUUCCCCCCGGAGGGGCCGACUUACAACGCUGUUGUCGGGGCUUAUUGCUGGUCGACAAAGAUGGAGGAUGCCUAUCGGGUGGUUGGAGAGAUGAAGGAAUUGGGGAUUGGUCCAACUUCGAGAACAUAUGACAUAAUACUGCACCACCUGAUAAAGGCUCAGAGAAACCAAGAAGCUUAUUUGAUUUUCCGGCGAAUGAGUAGCGAGUUUGGGUGUGAGCCGAGUGUGAGCACAUAUGAGAUCAUGGUGAGGAUGUUCUGCAAUGAAGGGAGAUUGGAGAUGGCAAUGGAAGUUUGGGAUCAGAUGAAAUCCAAGGGAAUCCUUCCUGGAAUGCAUAUGUUCUCGAGUUUGAUCGGUUCCUUGUGCAAUGAAAGCAAGGUAGAUGAAGCUUGUAGGUACUUUCAGGAAAUGCUGGAUAUGGGGAUUCGCCCUCCUGCACAAUUGUUUAGUUCCUUCAAGCAAGCUCUAAUUUACGAAGGGAUGGAAAAUACUGCCAUACAUUUUGCAGUGAAACUUGAUAAACUGAGAAAAACUCCAUUAAUUGCUUGAUGACACAAAAGGCUAAUAUAUUCUAAAGUUUAAUAUUACAUUAUUAUCUCAUUGUAUUGCUUGGGUAAUGUCUUUAAUCAUAUAGCAUAUGCUC